GCCAAUAACACGACACCGUUAGAUCCACUCAAUCGCCUGCCCAAUGGUACCCCCGAGGGAGGACCCCACGUAGGAGCCUCGGCUGCUGCUGACGGGACAGCCAAUCCUGUUGUGGUUUGGAAUGCUCUAGCCCCAACCUACUAUCCGCUGAUGUCCUCUACGGACCUGUUCAAUUUCCUGCCCCUGACACUGGACCAGAACAUGACUUGUUCAUUCUGUCGGAAGGCGUUUCGUUUCGAGAAGAACUUGCUGCGACACCUGCAGAAGACCCAUGCCACAGGCAACGGCGAGUCCAUUCUGAAGUGCAAACUCUGCAGUUACACGACGCGUCACUACAGCAACAUGUAUGUCCACAUCCGGACACAUACAGCUUUCGAAGUCGCCCGCACCAGAAGCAAAACAAACCGGGAAUUAGCUAAAGCUCGGGCCUCCGACGAAGACUCAAUCAAUCGAUUAAUCGAUCUGGUGCCGGUACGCAGAGCCCUGCGCAGUUACCUCCGGACUGGCGUUACUGGUGUUUGA